AUGCUUAACCUUUCACUUCGACCGAUACUAGUGUCCUUUACAUGUAGUAGAGGUAUGGGUACCUACUUGGUCCGACAAGGUGGUCGUGUAGGAUCAAUCUCAGAAAAACGAGAUAAAUCCGAUCUAUCGCACCCGGACGCGAUUAUUAAAAUAACGGUAAACGGAAUCGAGUCUUCCGUUUCGGAGGCACUGUUGUUCUAA